GAGAGCAAGCGAAAGGAAUAAAAUUAAUCGGUCUAAGCUAAAAGGACCUGUGUGUCUUGGGAGGAACAGCAUGGCUGUUCUUCGCCAUCAGAUGACGAAGGAGAGGAAUCUUACCUCUGAUGCCGAGAUAGGUAGAUGUGAUGUUUACUUAAGAGCCCAUACAAGCAAGGACAAAGUUGUCCAGUAUCCUGACCUUGUUGAAAAAUUAGAUGAGCUUUAUUCUAGCAAUCCUUCUUCUAAGAUUACCAGCGUUGAUGAUGCCCUUACACAGUUGGUUGGUUCUGAUAGUAGAGGGCGAAUGCGGGGUCUAGGUUGCUCAAUAACUAAGACAGGACUGAAGAUGUCAACCCCUGCCCGUUCAAAGGUAGAGAAUUUGAUAAAAGAAAAAGAUGGCCUAGUGCAGGAGAUAUUUGAUAUAAAGAAAUCAUUGGCCAAGAUGGAGGCCUGGAUGGAGUUGCAGCAACAUGCACAAUCUACUCAAAACCUCUCAUCACCAACAAUUGCUAAAUCUGCUCAGGCAUUGUCGGUAUGCAAGUGUAAAUUUGCUACAGUAUUGAACUUAUAA